GGCCCGGAAGCGGACCGAAGUCCGCCGGGUCUCCGUCGUCUGGCCGCCAUGGACGAGGCCGACCGGCAGCUCCUGCGGCGAUGCCGGGUGCGGCUGGUCCGCGAGCUGCAGGUGGCCUCGCUCUGGGACGUUCUCCUGUCCCGCCAGCUCUUCACGCCCGCCAUGAUCGAGGACAUUCAGCAUGCAGGCUCGGGGUCUCGGAGCGAUCAGGCCAGGCAGCUGGUCAUAGAUCUAGAGACCCGAGGGAGUCAGGCCCUUCCUUUGUUCAUCUCCUGCUUAGAGGACACAGACCAGGAUGCGCUGGCUUCAUUCCUGAGAAUGAGUCGGCAAGCACAAAAGCAGAAUCCAGAGGCUGUCAGACCCCCGAACCUCAUGCCUGUGGUGCUUGGACCAAUGGGCCUCACACCAGAGGAUCUCAGAGGGAAGACGGGUCCAUUAAAGCCGACUCCGGGAAAACUCUCUCCAGUGGUGCUGGGGCCUGAGCAGCUCUGGCCAGCCAAGCUCAGGCCAGAGGUUCUCAGACCAGAGGUGCCCAGGCCAGUGGACAGUGGUUCUGGACGAUUCAGUGAUGUCUGUGCUCAGGAGAUUUCCAAGCAAAAUCCUGAUUUGGCAUACGCCCUGAAUGCAGACCCCUGCGGCCACUGCCUCAUCGUCAACAACGUGAACUUCUGCCUCGAGUCGAACCUCAUGGCCCGCACCGGCUCCAAUAUCGACUGUGAAAAGCUGCAGCAACGCUUCCGCUUACUGCAUUUCACGGUGGAGGUGAAGUGUGACCUGAAGGCCAAGCAAAUGGUCCAGGCUUUGGUGGAGCUGGCGCGGCGGGACCACAGCGGCCUGGACUGCUGCGUGGUGGUUGUCCUCUCUCACGGCUGUCAGGCCAGCCACCGCCAGUUCCCAGGGGCUGUUUAUGGCACGGAUGGAUGUCCUGUGUCCAUCGAGAAAAUUGUGAACAUCUUCAAUGGAGCCAGCUGCCCCAGCUUGGGAGGGAAGCCCAAGCUCUUCUUCAUCCAGGCCUGUGGUGGGGAGCAGAAAGACCAUGGGUUUGAGGUGGCCUGCGCUUCCCCUGAAGACAGGACCUCUGGCAGUGACCCGGAGUCAGACGCUGCCCCAUUCCAGGAAGGCCUAGGCCCCUUUGACCAGCCGGACGCUGUGUCUAGUUUGCCCACACCCAGUGACAUCUUCGUGUCCUACUCCACCUUCCCAGGCUUUGUUUCCUGGAGGGAUACCAAGAGGGGCUCCUGGUACGUGGAGACCUUGGAUGGUGUUUUUGAGCAGUGGGCUCACUCUGAAGACCUGCAGACCCUCCUGCUCAGGGUCGCUAAUGCUGUUUCACAGAAAGGGAUUUACAAACAGAUUCCCGGUUAUUUCAAUUUCCUCCGGAAAAAACUCUUUUUUAAAAUGUGAUGUGGGCCAGAGCCCCUCUGCCUCUCACCCUGCUUUACUGUUCACCCCAAAACCUUCCUGCUCCGGGCCCACGGCAGCCAAGGCCCGGUCUGUUCUACGGCUCCAGCUGUCGUUCUUUAAAGGGGUUUGUGGCCUCUCGUGGGUCUGCUCUUUCCCCACCGGUGCCGGACAGGCUCUUAGCAGCUUCCACGUUGGAGACAAAUGACCUGCGGGAGGAGGAGGAGGAGCAGAAGACUACCAAGGACACCGCAGGACUCUUCCCAACGGCCCUUUCUCUAGCCAGUGGCUGGGGCCUGUGACCCCA